CCCGGUGGUAACUACUCUGAUAGCAUCUCCGCGUAUCUGUCACUCCUCAACCACCGCCUCCGCCUGCACCGCCACCGCCAUUGCCAUUUCCCGGCCUAAAAUUCGUCGUAGAUCUGAUCAGAUCACUGGCGCUAAUUCAAGCUUCGAAGAAUGGAGGAGGCGUUAGAAAUGGCACGUGCCAAGGAUACCAAAGAGAGGAUGGCAGGAGUAGAAAGGCUACUGGAACUUCUAGAAUCUUCGAGGAAGAGUUUGUCGUCGUCGGAUGUCACAUCUCUUGUUGAUUGUUGUUUGGAUCUCCUGAAAGACAAUAAUUUUAGGGUUUCUCAAGGCGGUUUACAGGCUCUCGAUUCUGCUGCUAUUGUAUCCGGUGAUCACUUUAAGCUUCAUUUCAAUGCCUUAGUUCCUGCUACUGUUGAGCGUCUUGGUGAUGCUAAACAGCCUGUUCGCGAUGCUGCUCGACGCCUAUUGCUCACUCUCAUGCAGGUUUCUUCCCCAACUCUCAUUGUUGAGAGAGCUGGAUCCAAUGCUUGGACUCACAGAAGUUGGAGAGUUCGAGAAGAGUUUGCUAGAACUGUCACAUCAGCAAUCAGUCUUUUUGCAUCUACAGAGCUACCUCUUCAACGUGCCAUUCUUCCUCCUAUAUUACAGAUGUUAUAUGACCCUAAUCCAGGCGUGAGAGAAGCUGCUAUUUUAUGUAUUGAGGAGAUGUAUGCUCAAAUUGGGUUUCAAUUUCGUGAAGAACUUCAGCGUCAUCAGCUUCCAUCAUCACUGGUAAAAGAUAUAAACGCCAGAUUAGAGAGAAUUGAACCAAAACAUCAUUCUUCAGAUGUACAUGUUGGUACUCAUGCUCCUGCUGAUACCAAACACUCUAAUCGAAAUCCCAAAAGAAGCAGCACAAAGGCCAAGAGUUCCUCUCGUGAAGUCUCUCUUUUUGGAGGUGAAAGUGAUGUCAAUGAAAAACCAGUAGACUCCAUCAAAGUGUACUCAGAGAAGGAGCUGAUCCGGGAGUUUGAGAAGAUUGCUUCAACUCUAGUUCCUGAGAAAGAUUGGUCCAUCCGCAUUGGAGCCAUGCAAAGGGUUGAAGGCCUUGUCAUUGGAGGUGCAACUGAUUAUUCAUGUUUUCGAGGACUUCUAAAGCAGCUUGUUGGUCCUUUAAGCACACAAUUAGCUGAUAGAAGAUCUAGCAUAGUUAAGCAGGCUUGCCAUUUAUUGAACUUUCUAUCCAAAGAGCUGCUGGGUGAUUUUGAGGCAUGUGCAGAGAUCUUCAUUCCUGUUCUUUUCAAGCUUGUCGUAAUAACUGUACUUGUAAUUGCGGAGUCUGCGGAUAACUGCAUAAAAACGAUGUUGCGUAACUGUAAAGUUACCCGUAUACUUCCUCGUGUUGCUGAUACUGCAAAACAUGACCGUAGUUCAUUACUUCGUGCCAGAUGCUGUGAGUAUGCUUUGUUGAUACUGGAAUAUUGGGCUGAUGCUCCUGAGAUACAUCGUUCAGCAGAUCUUUAUGAAGACCUUAUCAAAUGUUGUGUCGGCGAUGCAAUGAGCGAGGUGCGAGCAACUGCUAGAGCUUGCUACAGGAUGUUCUCCAAAACAUGGCCUGAGCGUUCCCGUCGUCUGUUUUCACAAUUUGAUCCUGUUAUUCAAAGGAUAAUAAAUGAUGAGGAUGGGGGUAUGCACAGGAGGCAUGCUUCACCCUUGCUUCGUGACAGGACUCCACAAAUGUCACUUAAUACUCACCUUUCUGCUCCUUCAAAUCCACCUGGAUAUGGAACUUCAGCGAUAGUUGCAAUGGAUAGAAAUGCAAGCUUACCUUCUGGGACCUCUCUCUCCUCUGGGCUUUUUUCAUCACAAUCAAAGUCUGUUAGUAAGGGUACAGAACGUAGUCUGGAAAGCAUGUUGCAUGCAAGCAAAGAGAAGGUUUCAGCCAUUGAAAGCAUGCUUAAAGGUUUCGAUUUCGACAGGGUCAAAUCGUCAAGUCUGGAUCUAGGAGUGGACCCACCUUCAUCUCGCGAUCCACCAUUCCCUCUUGCUGUUCCCGCUUCCAAUAAACUUUCUGUCUUUUCAUCAUUAGAUACAACUAACUCUGGCAUCUCUAAAGGUAGCAAUCACGAUGGUGGCUUGGCCUUGUCGGACAUCAUUACCCAGAUUCAGGCUUCAAGGGAUGCUGCCAAGCACUCAAAUCAGGGUAGUGUUGGAAAUGAGACUUUAUCAUCUCUUUCAUCGUACACGGCAAGAAGAGCUGAAAAACAUCAAGAAAGAGGCUCUUUUGAAGAUAAGAACGAUGUUAAGGGAGGCAGGCAAUCUGUGAAUUUGCAUAUGGAUAGGCAGUACUUUGAUACGCCACAUAGAGAUUCACACUACAGGGAUUCACACAAUAGCCAUGUUCCCAAUUUUCAGAGGCCACUUUCAAGAAAAAACGUAUCUGGGCGAAUGUCUGCAAACAGACGUAGGAGCUUUGAUGAUAGCCAGUUAAUCUCUGGAGAGAUGUCUAGUUAUACAGAUGGCCCAGCUUCUCUCAAUGAUGCUUUGAGUGAUGGGCUUAGUUCUAGUUCAGAUUGGCAUGCCAGGGUUGCUGCAUUUAGUUAUCUGCGCUCUUUGUUGCAGCAAGGCUCUAGAGGAAUUCAGGAGGUCAUGCAGAGUUUUGAGAAAGUCAUGAAGAUGUUUUUCCAACAUUUGGAUGAUCCCCACCAUAAAGUUGCACAAGCGGCUCUCACAACGCUUGCAGAUAUCAUUCCGGCUUGUCGAAAACCCUUUGAGAGUUAUAUGGAGAGGAUACUACCCCAUGUAUUUUCUCGGUUAAUUGAUCCUAAGGAAUUAGUGAGGCAACCUUGCUCCGCAACUUUAGAAAUUGUUGGCAAAAUUUAUGGUGUAGAUUCUCUGUUGCCGGCUUUGCUUCGUUCUCUAGACGAACAGCGAUCCCCCAAGGCAAAACUGGCUGUAAUCGAGUUUGCUGUUACUUCCUUUAAUAAGCACGCCACUAACUCUGAAGGCUCUGGUAACAGUGGCAUUUUGAAGCUCUGGCUUGCUAAAUUGACACCAUUGGUCCAUGAUAAGAAUACAAGACUGAAGGAAGCAGCUAUAACCUGCAUCAUAUCGGUCUACUCUCAUUUUGAUUCGACAUCUGUUUUGAAUUACAUUCUUAGUUUAUCAGUUGAAGAACAGAAUUCUUUUAGGCGAGCUCUUAAGCAACUUACGCCUCGUAUAGAAGUGGACUUGAUGAACUAUCUGCAGCAAAGGAAAGAUAGACAGCGCUCUAAGUCCUCUUAUGAUCCAUAUGAUGUUGUUGGGACUUCUUCUGAAGAAGGAUAUAUUGGAGCGUCAAAGAAGACUCCCUUGUUUGGAAGGUAYUCURGYRGYUCSRUUGAUAGUGAURGUGGUARRAAAUGGGURUCUGCMCAAGAWUCCACCCAGRUCACWRGCKCUGUUGRUSGAGSAGYACYUKWUSGAAGUGAGGACCAGCUGUAUCAGGGUCUUGAGAUUGGUUCCAACAAUGAUGUUUUUACUUCAAAUUCUAAGGAUACAUUAAAUGCAGCUGAUGCUGUAAGUGAUAAAGUAAGAUCCUGGACUACCCGAUCAGAAAUUUUGGAGCACAACACCAAUUUGGGGGUUUCUUCAAUUCCUCAUAUCAAUGGAUUAGUAAACUCUAGUGAACAACAGAUUGCUGUUGGCUGCAAUUAUGAUAAUGUGGCUCCACAUGAACUGGAACUUGGUCUUUCAAAACUCACAGCAUCGGAGAUCAAUUCUUCUGCCGAUACUGCAUCAAGCAUUCCUCAAAUCCUUAGUCUGAUCUGUAAUGGGAAUGAUGACUAUUCUACUGCAAGCAAGUGCACUGCCCUUCAGCAGUUAGUUGAUGCUUCGGAGGUCAACGAUUCGUCCAUAUGGACUAAGUAUUUUAACCAAAUUUUGACGGUUGGACUUGAGGUUUUGGACAACAAUGAUUCAUCAGUUCAGGAACUUGCUCUUGCAUUAAUAGUUGAAAUGCUGAAGAAUCAGAAAGACGGGAUGGAGGAUUCUGUUGAGAUUGUAGUUGAAAAAUUACUACAUGUUACAAAGGUCACAAACCCAAAAGUAGCAAGUGAAGCAGAGCAUUGCUUGACUAUUGUUCUGUCUCAGUAUGAUCCUUUUAGAUCUUUGAGUGUUAUCAUCCCAUUGUUGGUUGCUGAAGAUGAAAAAACUCUUGUUACAUGUAUAAACUGUUUGACAAAGCUUGUGGAUCGGCUCUCCCAAGACGAAUUAAUGGCUCAAUUACCGUUGUUUUUGCCUGCGCUUUUUGAUGCUUUCGGUAACCAGAGUGCAGACGUUCGCAAGACGGUGGUGUUUUGCCUGGUUGAUAUCUACAUAAUGCUCGGAAAAGCCUUCUUGCCACAUUUAGAAGGUCUCAACAGUACACAGUUGCGACUAGUAACCAUAUACGCUAACCGUAUAUCACAAGCCAGGACUGGCACUCCGAUCGAGGGCUAGUCACGAUGUUUUAGAAUAUUUUUUCGAGCGGUGUUGUUAUUCCAUCAUUUAUUGUAAAUCUUUGUAUAUCUGUGUGGUUUGGUUGGUUGGUUGGUUGUUUUUCCCGUUUUAUUGGUCGAGUUGAGGUCGGGCGAGCUGAGUGUUUGAAAUUGUAAUUGUGCGUGUGGUUUGUGUCCAUAAUAGAAAUCCUUCAUUUAUGGUUC